AUGCCUGCCUGUCUGACCUUUUUGGGCCACCUGAAACCCCUCCCGAAGAAGUUCCUGGCCACCUCGAGGCCAGGACAUCCAGAAGGGGAGGUGUCCGAAGGCUUCCCCGGUGACGGGGAGCCUGUGAUAGACGAGACGUGGGUGGCCCAUAUCGUCAUUGCCAAUGCUACCGAUGCUGCCAUCGCCGACGCCGCUGCUCCCUCGCCCUUCCUCCCACUAUACCUCCUCGGAAGAGGCGUUACGACCGAAAGAUUCUUCUUUCCUCCCCUUAGGCAAGUUUUUGGAUGCCUGCUGUCUUUCCCUUCUAUUUUCUUAGUUAGGCUCACGUUUACUUUCAAUGCUCACUGA